CGAUGCGUGAUGAGGGCAACCCGUGGCAAGGGGACGUUUAGCGCAUAACACCGAUUCGUCAGGUCCAGCCCACAAAAAAUAAAUAAAAACCCGAGGUUUGACGGAGAGUCUCGACAAUCGCGCCGCGGCGUUUCAGUAAAGACUCAUAAAAACCCGCAUGAUACUUGUGUUUUCGGGUUUCAGAAAUGGGAAAUGAACAGGAUGGAUUGUUGUUCAUCCUCCAGGCUAAAGAAUGCCCAUUCUUAAGAACCUCCCAGCUAGGCUGAAGGGGGGAAGAGGGACUUUGGAGUUGGAGAACACUCACAGUGAGCUUAUUCUCCGCAAGAUGAGCCUCAACCAUAACCCGUUUGCGGAGAACGGCUUAGAUGAGGAGUGGCCCAAGCACAAUGGUGGGUCACUCCUGGAUGGGGGUGCUCCCCGGGACCGUAACCCAUUCGAGGAUGAGGAGGAUGAGAACGAGGCCAAUGAAGUGAGGCGUGGAGGCUCAGGAAAGGGUGGAUCUUUUAGAGGGACUCUUGACCGCAUCAAAGGCGUGUCGCCACUCAAGACCCUGGGCAAGCUGGGCAAGGGACUGCGCAUGUCAAGCAGGAGUAAGGGCACCGCCACUCCUUCACCACAAGGCUCCAUUGGUAUGCCUUCACCCAUGGAGAAAAAGAAGAAGGGCCGACGGAGUUCAGAGGGAAGUCUUCUAAGAAUGGCAGGGAGAUGCAGAGAGAACCUUCGUAAAGAAAGUUUGCCCAAUGGAGAUCUGUGCUCAGAGAGCGAUGCCGAUUCAACCAGCCGCAGACUGUCCCUUCUGAAGAUUGUGGGUAGAGGCAAGAAGAGGGAGUCACUGGUUGACCGCUCAGCAUCCCCUGCCCCUGAAGAAGAGCCUGUAGAAGAAGAGCCAGUAGUCAAACCCCGAGAGCCUCUCUCAGUGUUGGAGAUCCUGCAGCUGGUGAACAAACGGGACUUGCUCCUGGCAGACACCCACAUACUAGAGCUAGAACAGGAGUGUAAGGAGGCGUCUACUCCUCCACCAGGGGGUGUGGAAGAUCUCACCAGCCCCAGCAGCAAAGACAGCAGCCGGCGUAAGGCAAAGGACGUGGAGCUACUGUACGAGGCCCUGCAAAAGGAGCUGUGGGAUGUAGUCCGGGAAUCCCUGCGCUCCCCCACUGCUGGGCCCAACCUAGGCCUGGUGGUGCAGGUCCUCCAACAGGAAGAACAGGCUGAUCAGGACUGGAUCGCGAGUGAGGGCGCUGUCUCAGGUGGACCACGGCCCAGGGAGCUUAAAAAGCGAUGGAAGGAAGCUGUGGCCGAGGCCGCCAACGAGAAUUUGCCCAAGUCUGAAGUGGUUCUGGCGGGCGAGCUGGCGGUAUACUUGGAUAAACUGAGGGUUCGUAUGGUGGAGGAUCUGGGAGCAGCCCGUAGAAACGUUGUGUCUGUGUACCCCGAGGACUAUGAUGCCUUUCACGUGUAUGUAAAUAGCUAUCAUCAGGCCAUCACAUGCCGAUUACAGACCAUCGCUAAUGGAGAUCUACAAAUUACAGACAUAUACUCGCUUCUAGACUGGCUCUACAACAAAUAUGACAGGGAUGUUAUUGGAACAGUGAGCAUAACAUCACCCAUCAACCGCUCUCAGCUCAGCACACUACUGCCAGCCGAGGUGGUGGACAAGCUUGAGUUGGACUGCCUGAACUAUGUGAGGGGGAAAGUAACCAAUGAGCUGUCUCAGGUGUUGGAUGAGGAAGAAAAGAGAUGGAUAGAAACGCUGCACGUUGAGGAGUAUCAGAUCCCACUCGCUAAUGCAGUUAUUCAGAGACUGCAGGGAGAUCUUGAAAAGUCUGCAGCAAUUAACCGAGGUCUGGCCUCACGAGUAGCCCAGUGCAGCCUUAAUGGGCUUGCGGAUUUUCUCUAUAGCUUUCAAAGGAAGGUGGAAAUGUUCCAUGAAGGCCUUGUUAGUGCAUUUGGGGAAAAUGAGGAUGGUUAUGUUGCCAAGACGAUCGGGUUGGCCAACUGCUGUCCGCCUUUCAGGAGUUUCGUCGAGCGAUGUGUAAACAGCGAUCCGGCCGUCAGUGAAGAUUCUGGCCGCAGAGCCAACACCUCCCUGGACAAGAUCGUAAACCUGAGUGUGAGAGUGCUGAAUGACAGGAUAUUUGAGCACAUCAGGUCUUUCUUUGAUAAACUGGUGAAGAGGAAAUGGCUGAGCAACACAGAGGCGUUCGAUCAGAUCGUAUCUCUCAUCAGGGAGCACUUCAAGAAGUUUAAGAGGAUGGAAGGCCCACCAUACCAGCUCCUGGUGGGAGAAGUCCAUCGGCGGGUGAUGACUGAGUACCUUCGUGCCAUUAUGAGAGGCAGAAUUAUCUGCACGUCACUUAAGAUGAGGAAAAGGAUGGCCGGCCGUCUUCGAGAGGAGGGCAAAAAUCUUAAAACACUCUUCAAAGAGCUGGAAUCACCAGCCUCAUGGCUGGACAGUGCCAUUCCCCACAUAUCAGAGAUCAUCCUUAUGGAAGACACACCCUCGAUCCAAAUAGAAGUCGGUGUCUUGGUUCGAGAAUUCCCUGAUGUACGGAAGAAGCACGUAUCUGCCAUCCUAAACAUCCGGGGAAUGACUAGGCAGAUCGAGAGACAGGAGAUCCUCAACAUUGUGAAAGACAUCGAGAACAGCGACAGCCUCACACAGCUUUCGCGAGACCGUGCUCUGUUCGCAGACGUGCCUGUGACAUCUGAAGUGCACUGUCUGAACAUGGGCCUGAGCCGCAUCGCCCUCACCGCCUCCUCCUUUUUAUACAGCUUACGCGGUCGUCAGCGCAGGAGAACCCCAGUCAGGGAGAACCACGACGACAUGCUGUAACCGAUCUGAAAACAUAUCAUACAUUUCAAUAUAGACCAAAGAUGCUGAGUUUUCAGUCCAGUCUUUUUGGUUUCCACAAAAACUGGAGCUGGUUGAUGAGUUUAAAGCUUUAAAAACACGUCUUGUGACAUAAGAAAGGACUUAUUUUCUUAUUUUCCUAAAUAGCUGGUAAAGGGGUUGAGCUAAAACUUAAACUUUUUCAGAUGCAUUGAAAUUUGAUAUAAUUUGGAUCCCAAAAGUAUAUAUUUUUUUUAAUCAUAAGAUUGCACACAUUUUACAAACACAGUUCACUUUAAAACAAAUGAAAUCAACUUAAUGAAUGAGAUCAUCUCUUAUCUUGGCUUUCAUACUAGUACUGAUAUCACUAUUAUUUGUUCAUGGUGAUUUAAUACUUGAUCUAAGGUACUACACAAUAAUCUAGGAUCUCUGAUUUUUAAAAAAUUUUGUAUUUAAUUUCAUGCUGCAGACAUUGUAGUGCUCAUGAUAUACAAAUCUUAGUAAAGAAAGAAAUCAAGGGCUACUAUUUAUGUUCUAGAUGCUGACAUAUGUUAUUUAUUGUAUCAAGACAUGUCAUGUUUUUGUCCCAUCCAAUAAUGCAAUAGGAAAAAUACCCCAAGUUUGUCGGAAUAUUUGUUAGUGUAAUGAGGGGCUUAUUAAUGCCUUCUUGUGCUUAACAGACCAACAGAUAGCACUUUUCCUUCUCAUAUGUGUUUCUUUAAUUAUUAUUAUUCCAUAAAUGCUUCAUUAAGACAUUUUUUUCCAUAUACAGGAACUUCUUGUAAUUUGUAUAUGUUGAUAAAAGAACAGCAUGUAAAAGGCAUCAAAGAUUUUUUCAUUGUGCUUUAGGGUACUCUGUAUAUUUAAAAGAUUUACGCUUUUUUUUUCUUUUGGACAUAAAAACAUCCGUACAUUAGUAGAAUCAUAUAAAAAUAAAGAAUAAAAUAUAUCAAUAAAUUUGUGCUUUUUUCCCCCCAGCACUCGUGAAACCUUUAUGGAACUAUUUUGGUAUACUAAGUUUUAUACUAUAUUAAAGUUUUUCUGAAAUGAUAACAAGCACUGGACUUUUU